CCUACACCAGCUGGCGCGAUGAUCGGACAGCGGAGAGGAAAUCUGCGAGAGCAGUCUGACGAGCGAGUUGUUAAUGUGGUGAACGAGUUCAAGGCGACUAACGCCUAGCUGCAUGUAAACAUUUCCCAUGCGUGACUGUUUCGCAUCUUGUAGCUUCCGUUCAACACUAUGACAACGGAAGAAAGGUUCAACGCGGCUGUCGAGGUGAUCCGUGGUCUUCCCAAGAACGGAUCAUUUCAGCCUUCACACGAACUUCAGCUGAAGUUCUAUGCCUACUACAAGCAGGCAACGCUCGGAUCUGUAGCAGAAUGCAAAGUGCCCAAGCCAAGGUUCUGGGACAUUGUAGGCAAUGCAAAAUGGGAUGCUUGGAUGAAGCUUGGCGACAUGUCGAAACAAGAGGCUAUGGAGAAAUACGUAGAGGAACUUGUCAAGGUUGUUAAAAAGUGUCAAGAAAAUGCCACAGAAGAGCAGAUUGUCGAGGCAAUGUCGUACACCGAUCACGUGGCCAAGUUUGUGGAUCUGCUUGGGCCCUUGUUUGACUCGGUUCCACCUCAGAUGGCCGCCGCAUUUCCACAGGUCAAAUUGAAUGGCAGUCGGGAAUCUGAAGAUGACAUAGAGACAAUUGAAGUUGCAGAACAAGAGCAGCCAUUGUACUCUAAGGCUGACAAAAAACAGAGUGAAGACAAACCGGAACGGAAACCAACGGCUGGAGGAAUGAAUGGCCAUGGAUCUGACUUUGAGAGCGACGAGGAAGAAUUUUCAGACACCUACGACCACAUGGGAGAUGAGGAUGAGAGUGGAUCACCCGAGCCUCGUGAACAAGAGGCCUCCGGCAUGGUGGCCACUGCGGUCAACGAGGCACUCAUGAACGGCUCAAAUCGGGUCCUGGUGCAAGACAGCAAGAGCCAACUGUGGGCCUUCUACCCAGACGGGUCGAAGCAGCCCAAUGGAGAGCUGGCCUUUGUGAGGGGAGGAGGCGACGACAACCCUCACAGGGGGGCGCCACUACCCAGGUCCGGACCUGGGGCUGGACGCUUGCCCCGAUCGCAUCGUCGUAGAGAAGCAGAUGGGGGAGCCGAAGGGUCUGCGUGGCCUUCACGUUCGGCUGGUCGGCUUCCUGGUGCGUCAGGUGGCAUGGGCGGUGGCGGCGGCAGUGGUGGCAGGCCUCAGCUUGCCCUGGAAGUGAGUGAGCAGCUUGCUGUGGCCGUGUUGCGGCUGCAGCACACCAUGGACGAAGUGGUGGCACGCCUCGAAGUUCUUGAGACCCUGCUGCAGCAUGCCAAGGCACCACAGAACCAGCGCUGGUGGCUCUUCGGUGGUGUCGCUCCACACAUCCUUGUGCUCUUGUUUGCCUGGCCUGUGGUUUUUCAGCUUGCCUUCUACAUCCUCAGUCAUCGCAGAGGCAGACGUCUUAGAUGAACGCUGAACUCGAAGCCCAAACGGAUGCGACACAUAAAAAGAAAGGGAAUCUGUAUUCCUUACACACGAAAAGCCGACUGUUUAAUGUUCCAGAUUAUGGCGCAGUUUCCACGCACACUGGUUAUAUGGCAGCCUUUCUCAUUUGUAUCUUGUAAUGUGAGACAUACAGCUGUAGCCAGUCUAAUGUGCAUCUUUUCGAUGCAAGUAUCGAUGUGCGCCAACGUUGCCACUGCUUUGUAAGGCAACAUGGUCGAGAACGAAAAGAAGAGAAUCCCAUUUUGGCAAAUCGCAUAUUUUUAAAGACGUACCCCAGUGGUUCGAAUGUCCUAUGAAGGGAAAGCACUGCUCUUGCAUUGCCCGUGAAUAUUCGAAGGCACCACCGCUUUCACCUGUUGCCAUCACACUGUCAGUACUGCAGUUUGUGCUCACUUACUGUUGGAGCAAUGUCAUCCUAGAGUGCAAUGUGUCCACUGCAGUUGAUAGUACUUCCUGGUGGAUAUGAAUUUUUUUAUUUUAUUAUGCCUAUGAAUUGCCGUAGAACAAGUUGUGUUUGGUGAUGUAGCAUCAGAAGCAUUAGCGUACGGAAGAAAUUACAUAAUGUACCAGACCCACAGAAUUGUUCAUUUUAAUUCAGCACAUAUUUUGAGUAGUAUCCUUUUUUUAUCCAGAGCUUGUCGUCUUUAGGUGCUACGUAUCUUAUUAAGUGCGCUACCCUUGGUUUAACGAGUAUGUGCAAUAUGUAAAUGACUUGUCUGUAUGCUGCAAGCACUGUCUUUUUUUAUACAUUGUACAUCUGUUUGUCAUUUUGCAUUGGCAUUGGGACGCUUGGUAGUAUUGUUGGUAAUUGACUGAAGUAGGAAGUUUUUUCUCCAUUUCCUGUACUUUUGUGAAGAGCAAUAGUGGAGAAAUAGUGUGCACUCUCAUUUCAAAGAGACAGACGUCAAGCUGAAUUAGACUAACAUUUGAAAAUAACGUCAAUGUCGCUAUUGCCAGGAGCACGAUUUUUUCAAACAAAAAAAAGAAAUGGCAUGAGCACAAGAGAGGAUUAGCACGACCAUUUUGCAAAUGCAGGAUACUUGGGUCCCCGCUCGUGUGCCUUGUCUUGACUACAACUUUUAGAUUAAUUUGUGCGACUUCACAUUGAGAAGUACUACUAACCCUAGUUAUGAGAGGCACCAUUCUGAAGGGCUCCAGGUUAAUCAGGUCGUUAACGUUCACAUAAUCUAAGUACAUACAAGGAAUUCCGUGUUACCCCCAUGUUGAAACGCAGUUACUGCGACCGGCGAUUGAACCCAUGACCUUUCGCUCAGAAGCAGGUUAUAGCUAGCAUGCCGUUAUGGCAUGCGGCCAUAGAAAUAAAUGUGCAUUACACUUGAGAAAGACAGUGCAGGCAGUGUAACUUUUUAUACAUGAAAAAAAAAAAUCCUAAAAGCCCUUUGAUGGAAUUCCUUCAAACUUAUCUGUCAGAAAGCACCAUGUGCCUCCUCUGCAUUUGAUAACACAGAUAACAAUGCAUGGACUCCUUGUGACAUUUGGCAAAUCCACAGGAAUCUUGGUAUUGUGAUGAUGUGCUCAUUGCAUUGCUCAGUUUGUGGGCAGUUUUUAUCGAGUUUUCUCCAGAGUAAAUUUGUGGUUUCAUUGACACAGCAGCUGGCGACAGCUGUAAUAAAUUUGUUGAUACAGGUCAUUCAAAGUUUGACCUGUAAUCUACCACACUAGCAAGACUGUAUUUGCUUUUGUAUCCCUUAGCAGAAAGAAAACUAAACUACAUCUGACAAGGCUUGUAUUUCUUGAAGUGAGAACUGUAUGUAUUCUGAUUAUGAUAGAGAAAUGUAUCUCAAUUUUCUUAUUUUUUCUUCUGCGUAUAGGUUUCAUUUGUUAUUUUUGUACCAUCAUCUGCUCAGUGGAAAGUGCCACUUGACAGCUGCACUAGAAUUAUGACUGCGUCCUUUUAGGUGAUGUUGCAAUCAAUUCCGUCCGGAAAUGCAGCCUCUAAUGACGUUCACAAUUCUGUCUGGCUACUUCAUUUUUUCCCAUAAAAUGUGGUCAAGCAGUGGCCUCUAAAUUAAAGCUUUGUGUACGGUAAGCUGUAGUAUGGGACCAGGUAGAUUACCGGCGGUAGAACAGCUGGUAGAUUUGGUAGGUUGGCUCAGCUAAACCCAUUUGAGGUUGUCGAAAUGUCGUCACCAAGCUGGGAUGGAAAAGGUUUUGAGGCAAAGCACUCCAGACUUUGGUGCAAGGCUAAAGAAAACGCUUGUAUAAUUGCUCUAUGAUGACAAGACGGUUAAGCAUAAAUGAAAGAUUUGGAUAUUCUAAAAGUGACUGGAACUAUCUCGUCUCCAUCAAGGCAUUUUCUUGUGACUUUUGCAUUGUGCAGCAACCUGUCAGGCCACAUUAAUGAAGUAACGUUGCCGAGUAACGGCAAAAUUUCCCUGCAGUGCAGCAAACUCCAAGGCAGGCAACAUGGCUACCGCUGCCAGUGCUGUUGCUACUGUGAAAAUAGUAUCAGCCUACUGUGGACUACAGCAUUUGAGGUUGCUCUGCGCAUUUGUAAAGUUGUGCGGCGAUCUUGAGUAGCACUCGCCCAGCAUACGUAAAUAUUUUUCAGCGUGCGCCCCGUGUAGAAUUGGGGCAUCCAGAGUUUUUUUUAAUGCAUUGCUGAACACAUUCCCCACAUAUACCCAGUUAGCACUGUUCAGAGUCAUUUUGCAGGCGCGAGACAAGACCUGUUGGUGGGGUUCGGGCAGCUCCAAGUUAAAGUUUGAGUGUAAAAUUGCUGUAUUCUUGAAGUCCGGUGCUUGACGAGCAUGACACCGUAGCCGGUUACAACUUGAGAAGUCCAGAGAGGUCUCACCCAGAUGGCCGAAGCGGGGCAGCCAAUCGCCUCCCUCGACUAAAGAGGUACGCAGACCCGCUCAUACACUCGGCAGUGUUAUCUGAUGGUGGGGUCACCGGCCGUCAAUCUCAGUGUGUGCUCAUUGGUGCAGGCUUGUCCGUUUUUGAGAAGGAAAUGCCACAGCAGACUUCUAAAGUUGUACCAGACUAUAGAAGCAAUGCUUGGAUGAUGGCCUGUGCAUGAGUUGCAAUUUGUAGAAUUAUGGCAGCUGUGAGGGGAGUUGUACAGUGCUUGAAGCAUAUUUGUAUGAAGGGACACUGAAGGCAAAUGUUAAUGUCGAAAGAAGAUUGCUGAUCUUUACUAACGUGCUUGCCAUCAUCGCCAAGAACACAGGUUCUGUAGCAGAGUUCAUGUUUGCGUAGUUGUAAACUAGACGUCACAAACGAUGCUUGCCUGAUUACACCUAAGAAAUUAAGAGCUGUCUGUGGCACGAAGGAGGCAUUUGCGAAGCAAUUUUCUGCGGUAUAAUCAUUUCAGCUAAGCCCAGUUCUUGCCUUCAGUGAUUCCCGUGUAGAUUGAUGUGAUGCACAGUGUGCAGAGUUUGCAACAUUUUUAUAUUAUGUCAAAUGAAAAAAAAAUGUAAAAAAAAGUGCGUUGUAAAAAAAAAAGGUAGGGGCACACUAUGUACAUCUUGCCUCGUACCCUGCUGAAAAUGCCUGCUUUGCACAAACACUAAGAAAAGCUGUGCUCUACUAUAAAUGACGGCAGAUUAGGGAUUUCAUGUCUUGCUGUAUUUGUGGGGCAACAUACUGCAAUUAAGUCACAGCA